AUCCGGCGUCGGAGACCAACACCUGCAACACUGUUCAGAGUGGCAGACCAGGGUUCUCCUGAGGAUGAUCAGUCUACCCAUCAGGUAACAGAGCGCCCCUAGUGCCUUGGAGGAUAACUGCAUGUCACCCUAUAGUCAUAUGAAUGGUCGCAUUAUUUCAAAAUUGUAGGCUUCAUUCAACUUCUUCUUCCUUCCACAGUGGGUUGUAGGAGAAAAUGGGGUACUGAAGCCCAAGCGAGUCAACCCAAAUGUGUAUCAGCCACCAUCCCUGAAAGGUAUGAGUACAGUGGGGAAAAAAAGUAUUUAGUCAGCCACCAAUUGUGCAAGUUCUCCCACUUAAAAAGAUGAGAGAGGCCUGUAAUUUUCAUCAUAGGUACACGUCAACUAUGACAGACAAAAUUAGGAAAAAAAAUCCAGAAAAUCACAUUGUAGGAUUUUUAAUGAAUUUAUUUGCAAAUUAUGGUGGAAAAGAAAUAUUUGGUCAAUAACAAAAGUUUCUCAAUACUUUGUUAUAUACCCUUUGUUGGCAACGACACAGGUCAAACGUUUUCUGUAAGUCUUCACAAGGUUUUCACACACUGUUGCUGGUAUUUUGGCCCAUUCCUCCAUGCAUAUCUCCUCUAGAGCAGUGAUGUUUUGGGGCUGUCACUGGGCAACACGGACUUUCAACUCCCUCCAAAGAUUUUCUAUGGUGUUGAGAUCUGGAGACUGGCUAGGCCACUCCAGGACCUUAAAAUGCUUCUUACGAAGCCACUCCUUCGUUGCCCGGGUGGUGUGUUUGGGAUCAUUGUCAUGCUGAAAGACCUAGCCACGUUUCAUCUUCAAUGCCCUUGCUGAUGGAAGGAGGUUUUCACUCAAAAUCUCAUGAUACAUGGCCCCAUUCAUUCUUUCCUUUACAACGGAUCAGUCAUCCUGGUCCCUUUGCAGAAAAACAGCCCCAAAGCAUGAUGUUUCCACCCCCAUGCUUCACAGUAGGUAUGGUGUUCUUUGGAUGCAACUCAGCAUUCUUUGUCCUCCAAACACGACGAGUUGAGUUUUUACCAAAAAGUUAUAUUUUGGUUUCCUCUGACCAUAUGACAUUUCUCCCAAUUCUCUUCUGGAUCAUCCAAAUGCACUCUAGCAAACUUCAGACGGGCCUGGACAUGUACUGGCUUAAGCAGGGGGACACGUCUGGCACUGCAGGAUUUGAGUCCCUGGCGGCGUAGUGUGUUACUGAUGGUAGGCUUUGUUACUUUGGUCCCAGCUCUCUGCAGGUCAUUCACUAGGUCCCCCCGUGUGGUUCUGGGAUUUUUGCUCACCGUUCUUGUGAUCAUUUUGACCCCACGGGGUGAGAUCUUGCGUGGAGCCCCAGAUCGAGGGAGAUUAUCUGUGGUCUUGUAUGUCUUCCAUUUCCUAAUAAUUGCUCCCACAGUUGAUUUCUUCAAACCAAGCUGCUUACCUAUUGCAGAUUCAAUCUUCCCAGCCUGGUGCAGGUCUACAAUUUUGUUUCUGGUGUCCUUUGACAGCUCUUUGGUCUUGGCCAUAGUGGAGUUUGGAGUGUGACUGUUUGAGGUUGUGGACAGGUGUCUUUUAUACUGAUAACAAGUUCAAACAGGUGCCAUUAAUACAGGUAACGAGUGGAGGACAGAGGAGCCCCUUAAAGAAGAAGUUACAGGUCUGUGAGAGCCAGACAUCUUGCUUGUUUGUAGGUGACCAAAUACUUAUUUUCCACCAUAAUUUGCAAAUAAAUUCAUUAAAGAUCCUACAAUGUGAUUUUAUGGAUUUUUUUUUUCUCCAUUUGUCUAUCAUAGUUGACGUGUACCUAUGAUGAAAAUUACAGGCCUCUCUCAUCUUUUUAAGUGGGAGAACUUGCACAAUUGGUGGCUGACUAAAUUCUUUUUUCCCCCACUGUAUAACUGAGUGAGUAAGUAGUGUAUAUGUCCUCUGUAUGGUGAAUGAUCCCUGUGUUGAUACUGUGUUUUACCUUGCUUGACUGUACUGUUGCCUCCUGCUUAUAUUAUUCGUGAAAUGGGGGAAGUGGGGUAAGAUGCAUGUGACAAAUUAAUGCAACUCAUGUCAAUCAGUUUGUCUCUUUAUUAGGAUACGUACCAUACAUUAUAUACGUGCAAGAGGGAUUUCUUCUAUAGAAAUAAAUACAACUGUUUUGCUUCUAUGCACAUAGAUAGAGAGAAGAGAGAGAGAGAGAGAGAGAGAGAGAGAGAGAGAGAGAGAGAGAGAGAUAGAGAGAGAGAAGAGAGAGAGAGAGAGAGCUAGAAGAGAGACGAGAAGAGACGAGUAGAUAGAGAGAGAGAGAAGAGCGAGAGAGAUAUGAGAGAGAGCGAGAGAGAUAUAGAUAGAGAAGAGAGAGAGAGAGAGAGAGAGAGAGAGAGAGAGAGAGAGAGAGAGAGAGAGAGAGAUUAGAGAGUGUGACAGCUGUGAGCAUUGAAGUGUGGAGCCCUGUGCAGCCUGAUCGAUCCAGGAUUUACCAAAGAGCGUAUACAGCUGCAGAAUGACAAACACACACACACACCACACAAUACACACAUAACACAAACACACCACCACCACACAAGUUUUCCUAAAUGUUGCUGCUUCAAUACUUGUUGCUGCAUUCAGAGCUCCUAAACGAGAGUAAGUAAGCUAGUCUGACGCAGAAAAAAAUCUAUUUGAGGCUUUGUCGUAGAUGUUCAUUAAAAGGCGGUGAUUACUGUGGUGCUUGUAGAGUGUAGAGCGUUAUUAUAAUAACCCAGUCGGUGUUCCUGUAUCCAGUAUUCCAUCCUUCAGUAGCUCUCAGCCAUGCUCAUGGAGAGAGAGAGAGAGAGUAUAUCGAGAUCGAGAGAGAGAGAGAGAGAUCGAGAGGAGAGAGAAGAGAGAGAGAGCUAUGAGAGAUAGAGCGAGAGAGAGAGAUAGGUGAUAGAUCUAGAUAUAUAGCGAUAGAUAGAUAGAGAGAGAUCUCUCUCGCGUACUCGAUUCGAGAUUCUCUCUCUCUCUCUCAUCUAGAUCUCUAUCUUUCUCUGCCUCUCUCUCUCUCUCUCUCUCUCUCUUCCCAGCAUUCCACGUUUACGCUACCUACAAUAGAGGUAUUGUAGAGAGUCACUGUUGAUUCAGCAUUUUUCGAGUCACUGAACAAGGACCAGACAAUCGAGAAAUUAAAGGAUUAAAAACAAAUGCGGGAAAGAGAAAGGAUGUAUAAUACCAAUCCAUAACAAACUACAAAACAUGAAAGUGCUGGCUAUUCUGCCUCUCAAUUUGUCUGUCUGUCUGGGUUGGUGGUUGGCUUGCUGGCUGCUUAUCUGUCUGUCUGGAAUGCAUCUGAAAGCCCCGUAUGAAGCAUGGUAACGUUGACAGUGUUGAAUUCCUGGUAAACCCAAACAACCUAUCCCUCUCUCCCUUUGUCCCUGUGUUUGUCCCUGUGUGUGUUCCUGUGUAUCCUGUGUAUGUGUAUGUGUGCGUCCAGCCGUCCAGAAGAUGGCUGAGGCACACAUGCAGAACCUGGGUGUCUACCCCCCCUUGGAAGACCCCUUUGAGGGGGAGGAGUACAACGACUACCCCUGUCAUGAGGAAAGGGAGGAAAGAUUCCCCACCAAAGCUGCUGGUGAGAUAGGGAUUCCAUACACUGUCAACCAGUAACACACUAUAUACACUCACUCAUAUAAAUAGUUGCAUUGAUGCUUUGACCAAUGGUAGAACCUGCUUACAUGUUUAGCUGUGUGUACAGCCGUUGUUAUUCAGUGCCCACUUUUAAGUCAAAUGGGCUGAACGCACUAUGCCACCUUCAUGGUUUUAAAAUAGCAGGGCCUCAGAUAAACACUUCUCUACAAACAAGUAGCAGUGGUGUUAUAUUAGCACAUAUUAGCAUCACUCCACCAGGCAGACCUCCCUGAGCUCCCAUCCUGCCCUGUGCCAGUCAGAGGCCAGAGAUGCCAUGGCUAACAGGCUAACAGUCUAUCUGCUCUCUCUGUGGCAUCAGUACUGAUGCUGGGCUGCCAGCCCAGAUGGCAUAGCUUCCUAAUGAAAUCCCUCCUGUAGCAUCGUUAAACGCUGUUUCAUUGGCUGUUACUGUCAUCAUUUUCCAAUAAAUCUGUAGUUUGAUCGCAACACGGCUACAGAGUAGCUGUAGUGUCACACAUCGAGAGACAGGGACUCUUAAAGAUACAUUGAAGUAGACAGUGAUUAUCAUCACUGGAGCAAUUGCUUAAUUAGGCCUGCAUACACAUGCACAUUUACACAGAAGUCACUUUCAUAUGCACUGGUAUGAUUCAGACCUGUAUACCAUAUACCAUAUGUGCACACACAUGUACUUCUACACACACACUCACAGGAGGCACAUGCCUGACCAGGAAAAUGACAGGUAGAACCAGAUUACCAUAGACUGGUUUGGGAGUAGAGUUAUUAUGAUGUCCCAUGAAUUGAUGAACCUGUUUUCCCUAGUGUUGUUGGUUUACCUUCCCUGCAUGUCUUUUAUACAACAUCAAAAUCCACAAAUCUAAGUAGUCAUCAAGCUUACUUGUGUAAAAGGUUAGUGGUUUGAUUCGAAGGAGACCAGUGUGUACUGCUGUUCUUUGACAUCACCUCUUGUCUCCUUAGAUCCCCAAGCGACCAGCACCAUAGACCAAUCAGAGAAGCCGGAGGAAGAGGAAGAGGAGGAAGAGAAAGAGAAAGGAGAGGAGAAAGAGGAGGAAAAGACGGAAGAAAAGUCAGAGGAGAAGGCAAAGAAAGUGCGCAAAAGUGUAAAGUUUUAA